AGAAUACGAGUAAGUUGUAGCUUAUAUUCUUCUCCUUGAAUUGUCCAAAACCAGGGUCUUGAUUGCUACCCAACGGAUCUCCUACCUGUGUGCCAUUUGUUGGUUGUUUCUGUGAGAAGAGUCCAGCUUAAAUUGUCCCACAUGUCUUCUUACAUGGGUCACAGGCUGACAGGCACAAAUUUGACACCACCCUUUAAUAAGUUAAACAAGAAGAGCUUUGACACUUAUUUCUCCUCUAUUAAAGCUGCCUUCUGGGGUUUAGAAACAAAGGGAUUUCGUUCAAUCCAUUCUCCUAUUGAAUCAGCUAUGUCCAGCACUGCCGGUCUUGUUAUUCCUUGCAAAGCUGCAGUGGCAUGGGAGGCAGGGAAGCCAUUGGUGAUUGAGCAAGUGGAGGUAGCCCCACCGCAGGCCUUGGAAGUGAGGAUCAAAAUCAAAUAUACCUCGCUUUGCCAUACUGAUCUCUACUUCUGGGAAGCCAAGGGCCAGACGCCGUUGUUUCCUCGCAUAUUUGGACAUGAAGCUGCAGGAAUCGUUGAGAGUGUUGGGGAAGGCGUAUCAGAUCUCAAGGUUGGGGAUCAUGUCCUUCCUGUAUUUACUGGAGAAUGUGGGGAAUGCAGGCACUGCCAGUCUGAGGAAAGUAACAUGUGUGAUUUGCUGAGAAUAAACACUGACAGGGGUGUCAUGAUUAGUGAUGGCAAAUCUAGGUUUUCAAUUGACGGGGUGCCGAUAAAUCAUUUUCUCGGCACAUCAACCUUUAGCGAAUACACAGUUGUGCAUAGAGGUUGCCUUGCAAAGCUCAAUCCAUUAGCACCUUUGGAUAAAGUCUGCGUUCUCAGUUGCGGCAUCUCAACAGGACUGGGUGCGACAUUGAAUGUGGCUAAACCAAAAAAAGGUUCCUCAGUUGCUGUUUUUGGAUUGGGAGCUGUAGGCCUAGCAGCUGCAGAAGGUGCAAGAAUUGCUGGAGCAUCUAGGAUCAUUGGGGUGGAUUUGAACCCCAGUAGAUUUGAGGAAGCCAAGAAGUUUGGUGUAACUGAAUUCGUGAACCCAAAGGAACAUGACAGACCAGUUCAACAGGUAAUUGCAGAGAUGACAAACGGCGGAGUCGACAGGAGUGUAGAGUGUACAGGCCAUAUUGAUGCCAUGAUCGCAGCUUUUGAAUGUGUCCAUGAUGGAUGGGGGGUGGCAGUGCUAGUUGGUGUGCCCAACAAGGAAGCAGUUUUCAUGACUAAGCCAAUCAAUUUACUCAAUGAAAGAACUCUUAAAGGAACCUUCUUUGGGAACUACAAACCGCGGACUGACCUUCCAUCUGUUGUUGAGAUGUACAUGAACAAGAAGUUGGAAUUGGACAAGUUUAUUACUCAUAGGCUGCCUUUUUCUGAUAUCAAUAAGGCCUUUGAGUUAAUGCUGAAGGGGCAGGGCUUGCGGUGCAUUAUUAACAUGGAAGAGUAGGAUCUAAGGUGGAAAAACUGAAAAGCUGAAGCCUUUUUUCCCCUGAAUCAAAUAAACUUGUGAAACAAAUAAAGAAAGGACAUAACAAAUAUCACCCUAUUUCUCUUUUGUAUUUUAUCUUCUUGUGUGUAUGAUGUCUCUAUGUAAUUUACUGGAACCGUUGGAUAUGGGGAACGUAGCUUGGAAUGGGCUUGCUCAUUCACAUCAAAUUGUUUUAAAUGUAUGUUGCAGAUUGCAUACUA